AUGCGGAAGCACUGGGAGGCACUGGGAGCGGCCGUGGGGGACGAGAACCGGAUCGUGGGGGGUCACAAAUGCCAGAAGAAGCGUCACCCCUACCAGGUGGUCCUCCUCGGUCCUCAGAAGAACAUCCACUGCGGUGGGGUCCUCAUCGGCAAGUCAUGGGUGCUGACGGCCGCCCACUGCGACACCAAGAGCUCCAUCCCUAUCCGCAUGGGCGACCACAGUUUGAAGACCAAGGAAGGAACGGAGCAAUGCGUCAACUCGGUCAAGGCCUUCAUCCAUCCCAACUACAACCCCACCAGCCAUGACAGUGACAUCAUGUUGUUGAAGCUCCAGAAGCCGGUCCGUUUCACCGACCUCAUCCACCCCGUGGCCCUUCCCAAACGUUGUCCUCCACCCAACACCGAAUGCAUCGUGUCGGGUUGGGGAAGCACCAGCAGUCCUGAAGGGUACUUCCCCGAUGUUCUCCAGUGCGGCGUGGUCUACACCAUGCCCAACGAGGAGUGCAGCAAGCUCUAUCCCAAAGGCAUCACCAAGAACAUGCUCUGCGCCGGCAUCAGCUCGGGUGGCACCGACUCCUGUCAGGGUGACUCGGGAGGUCCUCUGGUGUGCCGGGACGAGCUUCAGGGCAUCGUGUCAUGGGGCAUGCAGGUCUGCGGGCAGCGGGGCAAGCCGGGUGUCUACACCCGCGUCUGCGAGUUCACCGCCUGGAUCCAUGAAACCAUGAGGAGGAACGGUCACAUCUGA